GAGGCGCUCCUACCCCGUCUUCAACCACUCCCCAGCCAGAGACGAGAAUGGGACAGGAGAGCUCGCGACUGGACUCCGGCGAGCCUUCCCCGGCCUCCACCGCCGCCGAGGCUCCCGUGCCGUCCCGCUUCUCCCGGUUCCGUCGCCGGUUCCGGCUCCACCGCCGGAGCUCCGACACUUCCCCGUUCAAGAACCUCGACGCCGAGGAUUUCGCUGGAAUCGCGCGCAUCGUGAUCAUCGGCGCGGAGAUGAAGUUUCAGGACCGGUGGCUCGCCUGCUUGUCUUUAGGGGAGCAGACGUAUCGGACGGCCAUCUCGGAUCAUACUGAGAAGCCUGUUUGGAAAUCAGAAAAGAAAGUUAUAUUGGAAAGAAAUGGACCUCAUAUUGCACGCAUAUCUGUAUUUGAGACAAACAAAUUAUCUAGGAACAAUCUGGUUGGAUAUUGUGAAAUUGAUCUCUUGAAAGUCCUCAGUGAGGAUUCAGAGGACAACCUUGAAGGACUUAGCCUAUUAGAUCCAUCAUCUUCCAACACAAUAGUGGGUAGCAUUUCUAUUUCAUGUUAUGUCGAGGAUCCAAUUGAAACAGAAAAAGCCUUUGCACGCCGUGUCUUAGCUGUAGUGGACUACAACGAAGAUGGCAAGCUCUCAGAUUCCGAGUUCACUGAAUUGAUCAGUGCAUUUGGCAAUGAAGUGGCAGCAUCCAAGAAAGAAGUGCUAUUCAAGCAAGCAGACAAGAAUGGUGAUGGUGUUGUUGACAUGGACGAGCUAGCAAUUCUUCUAGCUGUUCAACAAGAAGAAGAAUCACUUAUCAGUAACUGCCCCGUCUGUGGUGAGAACCUUGGGAAGUAUGACAAGAUGAAUGAUAUCAUACAUAUGACAUUGUGUUUUGACGAGGGAACUGGGAAUCAGACUAUGACAGGAGGAUUUCUAACAGAUAAGCAGGCUUCGUAUGGGUGGAUGUUUAAACUUAGUGAAUGGGCCCAUUUUUCAUCUUAUGGCAUUGGCCUGAAAUCUGGAUCAAGUGCUUCCCAUAUUUUGGUUUUUGAUCGAAGAACAAAGAGGCUAGUGGAAGAAACCAUUGAUAGAAAAAUAAUUCUCUCAAUGAGAGCCAUAUAUCAAUCAAAAGUUGGACUCACACUAAUUGAUAAAGGGACCAGAGAUCUUUUGCGAAGCAUCUCUGAGAAGCAAGGGACGUGGAUGAAUUCUCCUGAAUCUGCUCAAGAUAUACCCAAGUUCAUCAAGUCUUUUGAGGAUCAAGUUAAUAUGGAUGAGAUUAAGCAUCCAAUUGAAUAUUUCAAGACAUUUAAUGAAUUUUUCAUCAGAGAGUUGAAGCCUGGUGCACGACCAAUUACAUAUAUGGAACGUGAUGACAUUGCUAUUUGUGCUGCUGAUAGCCGUUUAAUGGCAUUUGCUUCAGUAGAUGAUAGCUUAAGGUUUUGGAUUAAGGGUCGUAAGUUUUCUAUUCAAGGACUCCUCGGGAUGGAUACCUACUCUAAUGCCUUUGACCAAGGAUGUUUGGUGAUAUUUCGACUAGCACCCCAGGACUACCAUCGUUUUCAUGUUCCAGUCUCUGGGACUAUUGAAAGUUUAGUGGAUAUUCCAGGGUGUUUGUACACGGUGAAUCCAAUUGCUGUAAAUAGUAAAUACUGUAAUGUCUUCACCGAGAAUAAACGAGUUGUAUCUCUCAUUUCAACUUCAAAGUUUGGAAAGGUAGCAUUUGUUGCAAUUGGAGCAACAAUGGUAGGAAGCAUUACCUUUUUGAAAAAGGAGGGUGACUAUGUCCAUAAAGGAGAUGAGUUCGGGUAUUUUUCAUUUGGAGGAAGCACCGUAAUAUGUGUCUUUGAGAAGGAUGCAAUACAGAUAGAUGAAGAUCUUCUUGCCAACAGUGAAAGAUCACUAGAAACUCUAGUUUCUGUGGGUAUGACUUUAGGUGUCUCUAGAAGGAAACAAGCCACAGAAGAAAUGCCGAGGUUGGAGAAAUGCACAUUAGAAGCAUAACGGAGUGUAGCGCCUCUCUGGUGAAAAAUACAGAAUGACCUUAAGGAGCAUCAAAGGAUUGAUUAAUGUUGUUCUUGUGUACACGUCUUAAACAAUUUCCUUAUGUACUAUAUUUUGUGCUCCAAAACUAAAAGAUGGUUUAUAGUUCGGAUUCUUUUAUCUUAUGACCAUCGCUUAUGUUCAUUAACUGGUUCCAUGUUAUGUAAAUUAAUGAUUGAAAAGAACAUGAUGAUUUUGUCAGUUUUUUCAAAA